GAUGACUAUUCGGCCCCCAGCGAUGCGUUUGAGUGCAGGAAGCUCCUUCUGUCUACGUGCCUCUCACCUCGUACAGCCUCUCAUCCAGCCUACAUCCGUCUGGCCGGUGGUGCGCUGCUCUAAGAGAAUUUCUCAGCAGCAGGUGCUUGAAGAAUUUGAAAAAUGUCUGGAUUUUUCCAAAUGUUGAGGAAGAAAAAGGAGCUGAUCCCUCUGAUAGGGUUCAUGGCUUUUGCUGGAGCGGGAGCCACUGCUGCUUCUCUCUACUUUCUCUUUACUAAACCUGAUGUUAUUUUGAAUAAGACCAGAAACCCAGAACCCUGGGAAAGACUGGACCCAUCCAAACCCCAAAAGCUCAUCACCAUCAAUCAGCAGUGGAAGCCCGUGGAGGAGCUGGAGCUGGUGAAGAAUCUCACCAAGUAAAAAAAAAAAAGAACAAACCAAGGCGGGCAUCUCCUAGACAGAGUCUGACAAGCUGCCUGCCCCCCAUCAGUCUAACAGAAUCCUUUCUGCACAAACUAGGAUGCUUUGACACUCAGUGUGCGGAAAUGCUUCUGCUCAACUGGUGGGGUUUGACCCUCCACUGUACUGACCCGUCUCCAGGACGUCCAUCCCAUCAACACCCGAAAACAACCUGGGAACAGAUACUCAUACUGCAGUGAAGUCUAUGUGAGAAAAAAGUAGAAUAAACUUCAUCUGGAUUUCUUUGAUUGCAGCAAGAAAGAGCAGAUUUCUAUUAACCCUUAGAUGCAGUGAUUGGAGUCUACACUCUUCCAUAAGUGGGUCAAAAAUGACCCGUAUAAAAAUGAAUGUGUUUUUAUGCCAUUUUGUCAUUUGGGUUAAGAAUAAUAAUUUGUUUUCAUGUUUGAAAUACAUUUAUUUUUAUCUUUUUGAAUUGAUUUUGAACAUUUUGACUAUUAAAAAAGAAUUAAAUGAA